AUGGCCCCCUCAAAAGCGCGUUCCAGCCCCGCCGUCGAGCGGCGCGACCGUCUAACUCUCGCGAAACUGGCCAGCUAUGACGACGUCGCGACGGAUGCGCUCGUUGAUCGGGCUUAUUUUUGGACAAAUACGCGCAAGAACCGAACCAAAUACAUCCCUGUGAGAGGCAUCAUGGACGACAAGGUUGCCGAGAUCCUCCUACACCAUGUAAUCGUUGCCAAGGACACGGUGAAAGCGGAGCGAGAGCUACUGGCAAUCUCCGGAAUCAAGAAGUACAUGGCCAAGCUACCGAGCGACCGGGAGAAGGAAUGGUUUCGGCGCCAUCUGCGCAAGUACAUCCAGAUGUACCUUCCGGACUGCCCCUUUGAGGUUACGACGACCAAUCGGUACACCAUCACCGAACACGAAGCCGCUAUCUGUGCGCGCAAAUUUAUCAAGCAAGGCCAGGAAAUCAAAUAUCUGAGUGGGACAUUGGUGCCCAUGACUCGCGAAGAGGAACAGGAUCUCGACCUCAAAAGAAAAGAUUUUAGUAUUGUCAUGUCCAGCCGAAGAAAGACCCCCUCCUUUUUCCUGGGCCCCGCGCGUUUUGCGAACCACGACUGCGAUGCGAACGGCCGUCUUGUCACUCGGGGAUCCGAGGGCAUGCAGGUUGUGGCCACGCGGGACAUCGAGAUUGGAGAAGAGAUCACGGUCUCCUACGGCGAGGAUUACUUUGGAAUUGACAACUGCGAAUGUCUGUGCCUGACUUGCGAACGCGCAGUCCGUAACGGAUGGGCCCCCCAAGUCGAUUCCGAGGCGUCGAGCACGGCAUCCACCCCGGCGCUUAACGAUGAAACGAAGUCGGCACAUGGUUCUACUUCCCCUCAGAAGCGCAAGUACGCUCCCGAUGCUGAUUCAGAUGCCUCCGCCUCGCCUACGCCACAGAAGCGGAGAAAAUUCUCCCGUCAGUAUUCGAAAUUGAGAACGGAGGUGUCUCUCUCCGGCGAUGUAACCGCUAUUGAACCGGAUCCAGAGCAGAACACCAAAAUUGCUGUGGAAACGACCACGGACGUCCCAAAGGAUAAACCAGCCACCAAUGGUGUCACCGAAAAUGAAUCCAACGCCCGAGUCAGCGAGAAUCAGCGCGCAACUUCUGACAGGGAACCUUCGUCUCCACUUGGAGUGGAUGAAUCGCAGAAUUCGUCGGCUUCUACAGCGCCUACUUCUCUCUUUGACGUCGGGAUUAAACUUGAAGAAUCAACCGAGGCUUUUACGCAGGAAACUCUGACGACUACCAAAGCUGGAAGUGUAGCUGACAGCCAUGGUGACGGAGACUGCCGUCAACUGACCGCCGGUAUCGAACAAGAAGCAUUGUCGGAGCUGUCCGAAUCGCUGGAAUUGGAUGAUAAAUCUGGUACUGUGGUCAAACGGAGGAAACGUCGAACGCGACGCCAAGUCGUCCCCUCUGUAGAAGACGAAUCACACCGUGUGCGUGUCCCGGGAGACUACACCAAGACGUCGAAGUUACUAGCUCAAUCCUACGAUCGAUGGGUGGAAUGUCGCACAUGCAAAACCUGGUUCCUCCAACACAACUCAUAUCUGACGCGCCGCGAGUGUCCACGCUGCGAGCGGCACUCCAUGUUAUAUGGGUUCCAAUGGCCCAAGACCGACAAAGACGGUCCUCUAGAUGACGAGGAACGAGUGAUGGACCAUCGAACCGUCCACCGCUUUCUUUAUCCCGAAGAAGAAGCCCGCAUCUCCCGCAGAGAUCGAGGCGUCAGCUUCGGAGUGACUCCCACCCCGGAGUUGUCUGAACCACGCACAGAGACCGAGGAUAGUGAAGCGUGCGAUGAGCGACGUAACACGAGGGCCAGCAGACGGCGGACACAAUCCUUGCGGAUGACCAUGUAA